GCGAUUACUAAUGCGUGAGGCCCUGGCUCGUCGUCCUGCCUCCCAACCGAAUUUCCUCAAUCUCCUAAUUUAUCGAAUUUGGGCUUCGCUCCUCUCCACGUCUUACCUGCGCAAUGAUGGCUCAACGAAAGCCCUACCGAAUACAGCUUCUUUACGUUCCCGAUUGCCCGUUGGUUGAAUCGGCCCGGAGCAUCCUCAAGAAAAGUCUGGCCGAAACUCAUAUUGACGCUGUUGUGGAGGAACUGGUUGGCGAUUACAGUUCUCCAACCAUUCUCAUCGGCGGGUUUGAUGUCACAGGACGUUCACGAGAACCAGAAAACCAAGCAUCAUGUCGACUUGACCUUCCCACUCACGAGCAGAUCCUGGUUGCUCUUCGAGGUCUCUCGGCUCUCAAUUGUAAGGGCGCAGGAGGCGCCGGGGAUCCCAGAGACGUGGAUACCGGCCAUGCAAGCGAUGUCUAUAGCUGUCGAAUCCAAGCCGGGUAUGAGCGUUCCGUUGCGUGCGAGGGCAAGAGUUUUAAUCUUACGGAUCCAGCUCGUAUUGGGGGACCAGUCAAAGGCCAAAUAUGAGCGUCCAACCUUAUCCGAUAACAUGAAUUCACUCCAUUGUAGUAUCACUUACUAGGGUCGUACACUUUGCUAUUUAAUUAUAAAUAAAAUAUAAGAUUAAGCAUUUCUAAGGAAUUACUAUUUUCUCG